GUCAAUUGUCAUGUCAUAUCUAAGUUUCUAGGUUAUUUUUGUUUUGGUUGUUAACUAAUAACUUCAUUAUCUUUUAAAAUUUUAAUUUUCAGUACCUAUUUCCUAUUUAGUUUUAAAUACUUACAUCUUUAAUUAAUUAUCGGUGAUAUACCUGACCUCUUCCUUGUGGUACUUCAUUGUUAUUAUGUGGUGUUGGGGUGCUAACUCACAUGGCCAGCUAGGUAUUAAUUUGACCAGUGAACAAGUGGAAAAGCCCAUUGAAGUGCCUACAGAAUGUGAGAGGGCCAUCAAACAAAUUGCCUGUGGUGGUGGUCACUCAUUGCUAUUGGAUGCUGAAGGAAAACUCUUUUCAUGCGGAUGGAAUUCCAGAAAACAAUUAGGUUACGAAAAAGAAUCGCACACAUUUCAGCGAGUUUGGUCCUUAAGUGGUAUUAACUUCACUAAUAUAGCAUGCGGAUGGGACUUCAGUUGUGGUGUUACAGAUGAUCAUUUUUUAUUUGUAUGGGGCUCAAACAGCCACGGUCAGCUAGGCUUACCAAAAAAUUACUUCCCAGAUGAAGUGAAUCCUACUAGAUUGCAUGUUAACGCAUGCUCUGUGUCAAUGGGGUUAAGGCACACAGCAAUUAUAAAUUCAAAAGGUGAAGUAUGGACAACAGGUUGUGGCAGGCAUGGCCAGCUAGGCUUAGGUCAUGACAUUCUGCGUAGUGAUAGAUUUAAAAAAGUACCAUCAUUAAUCAAUAUAUCACACAUAGCAUGUGGACAGAACCAUACAGUAGCUUGGUGUAAUGAAGAGAAGGCACUGUAUGUGUGGGGUGACAACAGAUAUCAACAGCUACUAUUGACGUAUGAUAAGUAUAGACACAUUUUCAAGCCAGAAAAAAUUGACAUAGAUGCGAAACAAAAUGUAAAAAAAAUAAUUAGUGGCUGGACUCACUUUCUACUUUGGCUUCAGGAUGGUACCCUACUGACUUGGGGGAAAAAUAAUUGUGGCCAACUGGGGAACAUAAAUUAUCAUUCAGGAAAAAUCUUUCAUGUAACUUUACCAGAUAACAGGAAAGUAAAAGACAUUGCUAUAGGUUCAGAACAUUCUUUAUGCUUGGCUGAUGACAACACACUGUGGGCUUGGGGCUGGAAUGAGCACGCCAAUACUGGCACAGAUAUAAAAGAAAAUAAUGUAUUCCUUCCAACCAGAGUAUCAACAGAAAACACAAGCAAUAUUACAGGAAUCUAUGCAGGGGGUGCCCAUAACUUUUUUAUUACAGAUGUUAAUCAGAAAGAAACUGAUGCUCUAGUGGUACAUGAAGAGUAAACUUAUUUUAGUUGCAUGCUGAACUCAAAAGUGGACUUCAUCUUUGUUGGUGUUAGCUGGCGGGCAUGCUCUGCCUUUUUGGAGUGUUUUUUUUUUUUUGCUAAAACUGACUAGAAAGCGCUCUAAGGGGGUGCCGUGCGAAUGUCGGCGAGCGCCGGCUCAGACGGGGUCCACACUUGUAUAGUUUAACUAACUUGUUACAAAUAACUACAAACUUAGCAUUGGCUAAUCUUUAUAAAGCCAAAUGUGAGAGAGAAAACUCAAAAGCUGUGUUGCAGGCUAGCCAAAACAAAUUUUGUCUGCAGAAUUAAGCUCUCUCGCUCACUCAUAUAGACAUUUCAUUGCAAAGUAUCCAUUUAUUUUAUUUUUACCCUACUAAGGCAAAGCCGAAAGGAAGGGUUAUGAUUUUAGCAGUCUAUAUAUGUAUUUGCAUAAAUAUUAUCUAAGAUUUGCUUCAAUAGGAAAUUAUCUUUUCCAUCAUAAUUAAUAUAGAAAAGAAUACAUUAAUAUUCUCAAAAUUAAAAAAUAAUAUAAUAUCCUUUAUUCAAAUCUAAUAAACAAAUAAUUUAUAUUACACAAACAGAUUGGUUAUAUUGACAUUGUGUGAAAUAUGUUGCAAUAUAGGAUAACAAUACUGUUAAAAAAAAGUGCUGUGAUGUUUUGUUUAAGUAAAAUUAUUUAUACAACAAUACUGGUUCAAAUACAUUUUUAUUUGAAUAAUACAGGUUUUUAUUUGAAUUUUAAAUACAAAACACUGCAAGGUAAUAAAGAUCAGCUACAUUGUUUACAGCUAGGAACUACAAACAAAUUACAAAUUAGUAGAAAGCAAAUUUAAAAUAAUUAUCACUUAAAUAUAUAAAAUACUAGAUGAUGUCUGCAACUUCAUCCAUGUGGAUUAUGGUUCCAAAUAUUGUGUGAACUCUGAUUUUCCAGGAUAAAAGUAGCCUAUGCCCAUCACCAGGAUGCUUGCUAACUCUAUGCUUUUCAUCCAAAUCAGUUAAACUGAUGGGCCAUGAGAAGCUAGCAGACAGACAAACAGUCACUUAUGCAUUUAUAAUAUUAGUAUGGAUUAUUUAAAAUUAGUCAAUUAUAAUAAUAAAUCCUGGAGAUUUUUAUUAUUUCUUUGACAUUUUAAUAUUUAUAUACUAUAGUAUAAGAAUAUUGUGCUACUUUUCACUGAAAAUAAAUUUGUAAAUUAAAUAUCUCCAAAAUUUAAGACCAAUAUUAUAACGUAGCGAUUGAUGACUACUUUAAAGAACAAUAAU